AUGGCAAAUAAAACAAACAAAGUUAAACGCCCAUCUAGAAAAAAUAUAUCUAGUAAACUUAUUUUAAAGCGGUAUAAUAAAAACAAAAGUUGUACUUCUAGUCCACUACCAUUGGGUGAAACUUCUAUGGAAAUAAUAAAUGAGUCUGAUACUUCAACUACUACAUUGGUUUCUAAUAGUUGUACUUCUAGUCCACUACCAUUGGGUGAAACUUCUAUGGAAAUAAUAAAUGAGACUGAUACUUCAAGUACUACAUUGGUUUCUAAUAGAGUUAAAGUUAAUGUUUUUUCAAACGAUGAAAUUCAUAUUCCCGGAGUUAAUAUAUUAGAUUCUAUUGAAGAUAAUAGUAUAACGCCAUGUGAAAAUAUUGAUUUACAUGAACUAGAAACUGUCAAAGAUCCAGAAAUCGAAAACUCCUCAACAGAAAUAAUAACUAAUGAAAUAGACGGACUUAGAAUAGUUGACAUGUCUUAUAUAUUUUUUCAAAUACAAAAUAUCAAGCAUGACGGUGGAUUUGAUUGUAAUUUUAUGAAUAUGAAUUUUGUAAAAGAAAUUCGUUCAGGUUUUUAUUCUGAUUUUUUGUUUAAAUGCAAAAUGUGUAAUUUAGAAAAAAAAAUUAGUUCUACUAAAAUUGUACCCGAUAGCCAUUGGUCUAUCAAUAAAGCUGCUGUAAGUAGCUCUAUCGCAAUAGGAAUAGGUUAUACACAGUUAUCCGAAUUGUUUUCUGGAUUAGAAAUACCAUCAAUGUCUCCUACUACAUAUAUUUCAAUAGAAAGUAAUUUACAACCUGAAAUUAAAAAUACAGCAUGGAGUGAGAUGCAAAAAGCCGGCGAAGAAGAGAAGAAAUUGGCAAUAGAAUCCGGUGAUAUCGAUACAGAUGGGAUUCCUUUAAUAACUGUGGUGACAGACGGACAGUGGUCUAAGAGAAGUUAUAGCACGAAAUACGAUGCAUUAUCGGGAGUAGCUAGUAUAAUCGGUUAUAAAACAAAAAAGAUUUUGUUUGUCGGGAUUAGAAAUCGAUACUGCGUAACAUGUGAGAGAGCGUUGAAUAAAAAAAUUGAAAUUCCAAAUCAUUUUUGUUUUAUGAAUUGGAAAAAGGGAGCCACGAGUAUUGAGGCGGAUGGAAUUGCUGAAGGAUUUAAGAAAAGUAUUGAGUUGCACGGAGUUAAAUUUUCUAAAUUGAUCGGCGACGGAGACAGUAGCGUUAUGAAGCGACUAAAUGAGGUACUUCCAUAUGGACCGUCAUUGAGAGUGCAAAAAAUUGAAUGUAGGAAUCAUUUAUUGAGAAACUAUUCUAAAAAAAUGAUGGCAUUGAGUAAAAGAACAGACCUUCCAAUCGAAAUAAGAAAAAAAAUACAGAACAACAUUAUUAGGCUAAGAACUGACAUAACUUGUGCUAUAAAAUUUCAUAAUCAACAAAAUAAAUCACUAUCUCAAAAGAUCUCAGGUCUCAGAUUUGAUAUAUCCAACGCACCAUAUCAUCGAUUAUUUGAUAAUCAUGAAAAAUGUUCUACAUAUUUUUGCAAAGAAAAAAACAAUACGUCCACGGAAUUAAAUGUCAACAAAAAAUGUAUAUCAUCUAUAUCUAGAGAAAUUGAUAUUAUUGUUUCUCGUUUAUCAAAAAACGCAGAUAGUUUGAUACUCGAUGUAGACAAUAAUAUUUGUGAACAAUUGAAUAGCACAAUCAAUAAGUUUUUGGGAGGUAAACGAAUUAAUUUUUCCCAAAAAAGUUCAUAUAUAACUAGAGUAAAUGCAGCAGUUAUAAGUUUUAAUUCCAAAGAAUAUUUACGUGCAAUUAAAAAACACGUGACAAAUACUAGCCCAGGAAAAGUUGGAAAAAGUUUUUUAAAACGCAUAUUAGAUAAACGUAGUGUAUGUCAAAAAAGGAGAAAAGUUCUUAAAACAAUUUCAAAGACGACAAAAACAUAUAAAAAAAGUACGACAGCUGAUAAAUAUUAUGGUAAUGCUGAUGAGUUGGACAAUGUAAGAAGCAUUAACGACCAAGGUUUAAUUAAUGAAAUGAAUGCAUUUAUUAGAGUACUAAACGACGUCGAUCGAUCAAAUAUUGAAAUCGAGACCCGAGAUCAAGCAGCUAGUGAAAAAUGGAAACGUGAACGAUUGUCAAGACUUACAGCUAGUAAUUUUGGUCGCAUUUGCAAGAUGCGGCCAAGUACGAGUUGCAAAAAUACUAUUUAUUCUAUUUUGUAUAAUAAUUUCAGUUGCAAAUCAGUACAGUAUGGUAGAGACAUGGAAAAUAUUGCAAAACAAUGUUUUGAAAAUAUGUUUAAUCGCCAAGUAGUGUCUUGUGGUUUAUUUAUAGAUAUGGAGUAUUCAUUUCUUGCUGCAAGUCCUGAUGGUAUCAUUGAUAAUAAUGCUAUUGUUGAAAUUAAAGCACCGUAUGCAGCAAAAGAUACUUUAAAUAUAAAUGAAGCCGUAGAGAGUGGUAAACUAAAAUACUGUACAAUUGUAAAUGGUCAAUUGAAAUUAAAAAGUACCCAUGAUUACUUUUACCAAGUUCAAGGACAGCUACAUAUAACACAUAGGGAAAUGUGUUAUUUUAUAAUAUAUACACCAAACUGGACAUCGGUUGAAAAAAUAUUUUACGAUCAUGAUUUUUGGUCAUCGAAAAUGGUGGAUAAAUUAAAACAUUUUUAUUUAAACUGUUUACUACCCGAAAUAGUUGAUCCAGUUUUUAAACAUCGUUUAAUGAUAUCCGACAUACGAGAACCAAAUAAAUCCGAAGCAGUAAAAUCGACAGUCAAAACAAAAUUGUUUUAA